AUGCGUUCCUGUCGUGCCGAAGCGGCUGCAUCGUCGCUAUUUGCCGCUGCGUCGGCGUCCGAGCCGGUCUUGCACACGCUCCCUCCAGCUACUGUACCCUGCACCCAAGGAAUGGCCAUCGCUCCUCGGCCCUCUCGCCAUUUUUGCUUGCGCCAAGCUAGCCUCGGCCGGCGCUGCAGCGCGUUCCCCGCUUCUGCACCUGGGAUGAGCCUUGACGUGCGAACAGCUGGCCCUGCCCAGACUGCUGUCGAGCCUUCGAUCGGCGCUUGCCCCUCGCCCACUCCUGUUCGGCCUGCCCAUCUCAAAGGUCUCCCGCACCCUGCAGGAUCAACUGUAGAGGCGUUUGGGCAAGGGUCUCGCCCUCUUGAUGCGUGCCUCCUGCUCGUUGCCAGCCGCCUCCCGUGGCGGUUGCGCAUUGCAGCUACGAGCACGCCAGAUGCCAAGUCUGCUUCCAAGACACUUGGAAGCGAGCCUCGGCCAAAGCCACCGUGCAUGCGCCUGAUCUGUCACACGCGCAUGCCUGGCUCCCUUCGCCAGCAUCCGCGUCGCCACACCGCCUUGUUCCUAACGCCGAGCUGA